UUGUGUAGCUUCUUCCUUUUUGUUGAUCUGUCGGUGUCGGCAUAUGUUUCUUUUCUUUCUCUUUCAUUUUCUUUUAGGUAUGCCUGUACUGCUUUUGUCCCAGCACCUAUCUAAUUUUAUCGGUGAUGUUCGCUUUGUAGUAAUACUAGCACAUAUGCACGUGCGUUGUAACGGAAAAAAUUAAUGUUUUGUGCAAGCAGAAUGUCCCACAGCACUGGAUUCACUAUAAAGAACAUGCUGCAACGCAGCAUCAUUCUACAAAAUGAACAUAAAAAAUAUGAUGCAAUUUAUCUCUGUUCAUAUUUUCUUUGUCGGGCAUAAUCUCCCACUGAUUUUAUUUAAGUAUAAUCCUUCCUUUAAUUACCAUGACGCCCUCACCCGUUUUAGUCGGGAAUCAAAUCCUUCCUUUUCUAAUUUAGCAGCCCCAACACAUUGAAGCCUACAAAUUCUUCCUUUUAAUUAUCUGAGCUUUUUACGUCAAGUCCUUCCUUUAAUUAGCCUCAUAUAUUUGAAUAUUCUAUUUAUUAAGACCACAAUCUUUCUUUUAAUUAUUCCAUAGGUUUACCCGUAAUCCUUUCUUUAAUUAGCCACAUCCGUUUAAAUAUUUUAUUUAGGCCCACAAUCCUUCCUUUAAUUAGCUCAUUUGCUUAAUUAGCUCGCUCUAAAUAUGAGGACUGCCACUCGUAUAUUUAGAGUGAGUUGGGAUUAGUAAUGUGAAUGCUGUAUAGGUUGUUGGUUGUUACAUGGAAGAUACAGAUAGGAGGUUCGGUGUUUAAUUCCCACAAUGUUUAUUUCUUUUGACCCAAUUAUUUUUCGUGAUCUCUAUGAAAGCCCAUAAAAGGCCCAUCAACAUGCAAGUACCUGGCCCAGAUCGCUUAGCCCGUGUACGAGCCAACAGCACAGAAUUUUAACAUGCACUUAGACCAAACAAAAAAAAAACUAAACCAAAUCAAGAAUACCUAUUCCCUUUAAUAGUAGGUAGGUAUAGGUAUAGCUAUAAACAAAGCGGGAAACCUAUUCCGUCCAAAAAAACCGGGCGGCUCUCACAAAUAGGGAACCACCUAACCUGCCUCGCCUUCUCGAAGAAACCGGCUAGGGCUACGGCCACGGUGUCGCGCCUCUCCAACCUCCUCUGCCGGCGGCGAGGGUGCCACCACUGCAGGGGCGCCGGAGGAGGCGGAGAUGGGUCUGGACAUCUCGCGCGGGGGCGGGCUGCCCAGCUUCAAGUUUGCGUUCAAUUCAGAGAACUUUUCCGACCGGGUGCUGCGGCUGGAGGCCAUCGCCAGCGACGGCGCGCGUCCCCGGAGGACCCCUCCCCGACUUGGCGUUCCACCGCGAGGAGCUCCACGACGAGGAAGCAGAAAAAGUAUUGACUCUUCUUGGACCAUUGUGUCCGCGCCAGUUUUACGAGUAAAGAACAUUUAUAUCAAUUCGGUGGUUUUCGCUACAAAUAGUCCAUUCUUUCUUAAGCUUUUCACAAAUGGCAUGAAAGAGUCUGAUCUGAGGCAUCUAACACUCCGAAUUGCUGAUUCGGGUAAACAGGAACGGAGGAAACUGUCAUGAUGGAGAUUUUGAGAUGUAUGUACACUGCAAAGCUAUCAACAACUGAGCACAAUCUUCUGCUCGACAUCUUGAUGGCCGUUGAUAAACUGGAGGUUCUUGCUUGCAUGUGGCAUUGUAA